AUGGCAGGAAUUGAGAAGUGGGUACCUAGAGCUGGUCUGAACUUCAAAAAUCUAGAUGAUGUAGCAAUGGGAAAGGCAAUAGAGAAAGUAUUCACAGAAUCAUAUUAUGGAUUGUGCACCUUUCACAUAAUGCAGAAUGCCGUCAAACAUUUAUCUCCUGUGAAGGGCGAAGAUGAAGUUGAAGGUGAAGAUGAUGAACCACAUAUCCUCUCAGAUUUUAGUGCUUGUAUGUUUGGCUUUGAGGACAAGACAACGUUUCAAGAAGCAUUUGAUGAUAUGAGAUGCAAAGUGCAUAAACAAACUUGGUUAGAUAGUAUCUACAAGUUGAGAGAAAAAUGGGCCGAAUGCUACAUGAAAGAUGUAUUCAGUUUGGGAGUAAGAAGUACACAACUAAGUGAGAGCUUCAACAAUGCACUGAAGAUCCAUUUGAAAUCAGAUUUUCAUAUUGUUCGGUUUUUGAAGCACUUUGAGAGAGCGGUGGAAGUGAAAAGAAGUAAGGAACUUCAAUCUGAGUUUGAGGCAAGGAAGAACAUACCAAGAGUCAAAAUAAGCACACUUAUGUUGGUGGAAGCAAGCAAAGUAUACACUCGAGUUAUUUUGGAAGCUUUUCAAGGUGAAUAUGAAAGAUCAAUGGGUGCCUGCGCCAAAGCAUUGGAUGGAAAUAACAUAUAUGUUGUUUCUAUUGGGAGGUUGGAUGGAACUUUUGAGGAGGAGCGCAUAGUGACCGGUGAUCCUUUGACCCAAAAAGUUUCAUGUACUUGUGGAAUCUUCAACCGGGUAGGAAUAAUGUGUGCAAAUGGUCCGAAAGUUCUUGACUUGAUGAAUAUAAAGAUAUUGCCAGCCCACUAUGUGUUGAAGAGAUGGACUAGAGAUGCACAGAAAGGAAUUAUAUUGGACAGACAAGGAAGAAACGUGGUAGCUGAUCCACAACUAGAAGCUUCGCUUCGAGUGAAGAAUAUGUCUUAUAAAUUUCUCACAUUGGCCAAAAAAAUAGCCAACUCUGAGGAGUGUUGUUUGAUGUUAGAAGAUGCGAUUGAAUCCAUUGGUCCAAAGUUGGAGGAUAAACUGAAUGCAUCUGCUAGUGCUACGAAUGAACCAAGCAAGGAAACAAGCAAGGAACAAGAAAAUAUUGAUCCAAAAGUGCAACAAACAGCCAACUUUCUAAAUGCCGCACAAUUGAAGAAAAAAGAGGUACAGUCCAAAAAUAUUAAGAGGACCAGAACUUUUAUGGAGAAAUUGCGCAAGGGAAAGCGCAAGCCAACUAAAUCUGCCCCAUCAACGACAAAAGGAGCAAAGCAACCAAAGAAGGAUGAUGUUGUACAACCUCAAGUCGAAGUGCAAAAUGAUGGCAACAAGAAAGAAGCACAUGUACUGCAUGAAGAAUAUAAUGUCAUUGGCAGUUUUACUCAGCUCUUGAGUGCUCCUACUUGUGAUGAUGAUAGUCUCUAUGAUGAAAAUAUAUUCUAGUUUCUAGAAAUCGGUUAUAUAGGAUUUUGGUGUUAACUUUUGUAUUUUGGAGGCUAACUAUAGUCUUUAUAGGCCAAAGUGUACAAGUGAA